CCGCGCCGCGCCGGGCGGGCGGGCAGCGCGGGGCGGCCGCGCAGCGCCGAGCCAAUGCAUGAUAAAGCAGCUCCCCUGAAGAGCCCUGAGCCCGUGCACGGCCGUGACAAACUGGAGGCAUCUCACAGGAAGAAGAGUUUGGAUUCCCUUGAUGGCAGCCUCCACCUGAACGAAGCCCUGAAGGAUGAAGACAUCAAGAAAUGCCACCGGGAAGUGGCCGCUAGCAAGUACAACUCCCAGUACCACAAGCUGUUCAAGGACAUCCCGACGGAGGAGAGCGUGCUGAAAGUUUGCUCCUGCGCGCUCCAGAGGGAUAUCCUCAUCCAGGGAAGGCUUUACAUCUCCCCCAACUGGCUCUGCUUCUAUGCAAACCUCUUUGGGAAGGACAUCAAGGUUGUGAUCCCCGUGGUCUCCGUUCAGCUCAUCAAAAAGCACAAGACAGCGCGGCUGCUGCCGAACGGGCUGGCUAUCACCACCACCGCCAGCAGAAAGUACAUUUUUGUGUCCCUGAUCUCCCGGGACAGCGUGUACGACGUGCUGAGGAGAGUCUGCACGCACCUACAGGUUUCAAGCAAGAAGAGUUUGAGCUUGAAAGAAUUUACAGAGGAACCUGAUGCAGUGUCACUGGAGGUGAUCGUCCCCGAGGGGAAGUGGAGGAAGGUCUCGCCUGCGUCUCUCUCGCUGUCUCUGCCGGACGCGGACUACCAGUGCAUCCACCGGACGUCCGUCAGCAGCCUCAGCGCCAAGGAGAGCUCGUUUACCUCGGAGGAGCCCUUGGUCUCAGAAAGUGCAAUAAACACGGAGGAGGAGCUGGAGGGGGAGCAGAGCUGCGUGGCGGAGCUGAGGCCCUCUGACUACCAGCUCCUGAAGAUCUUCAUCGUGCUGAUCUGCCUCCUGGUCGUGUCAUCUUCAUACCUGGCAUUCCGUAUCUUCCGUCUGGAGCAGCAGCUCUGCUCUCUGAAUCGGGACUACCUCUCCCGUGGGCACAGGAGGUAG